AGCCCCCCCCCCCCCCCCCCACACACACACACACACCGGCGCCGCCGCCCCUACUCCGAUGGCUACUCCGGCCAGCGAGCCCGCCGGCGCAGGGACGCCGGAGCCAGCAGCGCCGUUCUCCGCCGACUGGAAGGAGCGGAUCUUGCUGCCCGCCGCGGUCGCCGGUGUGGUCGGAGCUGGAUUCGGGCUGCUGUCGCGGCACCGGGCUCGCCUUGGCGCCGCCCGCGCCACCGCCACCUACGCCGCCAACCUCGCCAUCGUCGCCGGGUGCUACGGUGGAGCACGUGAACUUGCAAGAGAUGCUCGGGCUUCAACACCUGAUGAUCCCAUGAACUCCGUUGUUGGUGGGCUAGCAAGCGGAGCUGUUCUUGGUCGAUUACAAGGCGGACACUUUGGGGCAGUUAAGUAUGCAGUUACCUUUGCAGCUGCUGGUACCGCAUUGGACUAUGCUGCACUGAAGCUGAGUCCUCAAAUUAAUGGCAAAUGGCAUGCCCUGAAAGAACAUUUUUCUGGAGACAAAGACUGGUUUACGCUCCCCGAAUGGUCGCCUAUUCAGGUGUUGGAUGAGGAGGCCUUGGCGAAGAAACGAGCUCGAGAAGAGAAGUUGUUCGCUCAGCGAGCUCUCAGUAAACUUAGCAAGGAGGAACCAUAGUUACAGUGCUACAGUACUGCUAUAGACUUGAUAGUUUUGUCAAGGCGCUAUGCGUCACGUAAACCAUUAUAGUUCUAGACUGUUAGAACAUUCAAAUUUUGGAGUUUUUUUUAUCUUUUCGUUAUCCUUUGUAAGCUUUUCACGGAAAGGGAGAAACCAUGUUGGUCAUUGUUGUACUGGAAAGGGUUUUAGCUUCCAAAACAUUUGCUUGUCUGCUGUGGUGUUUGUAAUACUGCUGGUAAUCUGGCACCUUUUGGAAGUAAACUCUUUGAAUCACAAACCAGAAUGUGAAAUUUAAAUGCGUUA